AGCCUUGAACUAGGCUACUUCUACUGACCUGUGUGACUCAAAUUCCUGGACAGAGCCGGAGAGACGCACCGACUGGUAUGGGGAAAUUUGCCAUAUUAUCAGCGGCUGUUUUGGUGCUUGCUGUGUUUAUCGGUCGGCGACUUUACGCACUAAAUCACAUGGCACUUGCCUCUCGUGAACUCACACAAAACCACCUUCCAAAGUGUCAACUGCUUGAGGACAUAGAAUUUGGAGCUGAAGAUAUCACCAUCCUCAGAGAUGGACUAGCCCUUCUCAGCACAGGUCUGAAGUAUCCAGGGCUGCCAUCCUACUCUGACGACCCUGGAAAGAUCUACACCUUGGAUCUACUGUCUCCCGACCUGAGGCCUGUGCCACUUGUCAUAGAAGGGAGCUUGGACUUGACUACUUUUAACCCACACGGCAUCAGUGUUUUCAGGGAUGAGAAUGAUGGUGCUAUUUACUUGUUUGUUGUGAAUCAUCCUCAUCAUGCAAGCCAAGUGGAGAUCUUUCAGUUCGUCGAGGAGAAGAAUUCCCUUUUGCACCUCCGAACCAUUAAACACGAUCUCUUGCACAAUGUGAACGAUAUUGUGGCGGUGGGAGUGGAUAGCUUCUACGCCACCAACGAUGCGUACAGUUCCAACGAGGGGGUGAAGGCUUUGGUGACCAUUAUUGGGCUGGCCUGGUGUGAUGUGGUGUACUACAGCCCCACUGAAGUCAAGGUGGUGGCAGAGGGCUUCAACUCCGCUAACGGCAUCAACAUCUCUCCAGAUCACAGAUACUUAUACGUGUCUGACAUCCUUGACCAUGAAAUUGAUGUUUUGGAAAUACAGAAGAAAGACGUGUUGGUGCCCAUAAAGUCCAUUGAUGUCGGUUCCCUUUGUGACAACGUUGAGGUGGACACUGAGACGGGUGAUCUGUGGUUGGGGUGUCACCCCAACGGCGCCAAAUUUGCCUUCAAUAACCCAGAGGACCCACCAGGAUCUGAGGUUAUCCGGAUUCAGAACAUUCAUUCUGAGCAGCCAGUUGUGAGCCAAGUGUAUGCAGAUGAUGGGAAGGUCAUCAUUGGCUCGUCUGUGGCGGCUCGCUAUGGUAAAAAGCUUCUCAUAGGAACCGUCUAUCAGCGAGCCCUGUGCUGCAGCCUCCCAUAGCUAUUUUGAUACACUGUCUAUAAUAUAAAGCUAACAUUGUAUAAGCUAAUACUUGAGUCAAGUAUGGAGCUGGUCUGGAUCUGAAUAUGUAUGGCUCUUUUUUUAACAAAUAUACUUGAUAUACUUGAUACUUGAUAUACUUAUUAAUUUAUCCUUCAUAUAACUCCUUCAUAACGUACCUUAAUAACAUAACUUUUAUUUUCUUUUUUUACUCAAACUUCCAUGGGUGGUGUGCAUAUCUAUGUGCUGUGUCUUGGUAAUAAUAAUGUGCUAUAAAGACCCAGCUGUUGGUGUGUCUGAAAUGACCCUGAUGAAGGUGUAAGCUUGACAUUGAUAUAAUUAAAACAAAGCACUGCAUGAAGUUCUGAGUGUGCAAUGACACUUGGCUUUUUUCCAUAAAGUGUCUUGGUAAUAAUUCAUGGAAUCAUAAACAAUUCUUAGUUUUGCGUCACAUUACACUUUAAAAUGUUGAGCAUACAAUGUCUCCUGUGGGGUUACAGAUCUGUCAUGUUUUUGCCAUGCUGUCAGCAAUGUUGUGUAAGUAUGAGCUCACACACUCAUUUUGGUUCACACCCAAAGGAGGGGGGUGCAUUGUACUGAAACCAAUAUUGUCUCUUUAAACUCCCUCUAGCCGUUGUUCUCAUCUUUGCUUUGGUACUUGCAUUCUUUUUAAAUCAAUGCUCAGUUUCUUUCUAUGCUGUAGUAGCAGGCACACCAUUGCUUUGUCUGCUUAGAACAGAGUGCAUACUAACCAGUCUCCAGUGAGCUUGAAUUGCUUUUGGUCUGGAAUUUGGUUACUGAUAUACAUGUUUGCAUCAUCCACUCACAAACCUUAACCUUUCUAAUACAGCUAA